AUGUAUCUCAGCCUUCUUGUUGUUUUGGUCCUCGGUAUUAGCGCUGGGACAUGGCAAGUCUCACGAUCAAUUGCCGCCAUCCGCCACCGCAGGAGGCUAGCUCAACAACAUGGAUGCCAAGCUCCUCCAUCUCUGCCUCAAAAGGAUAAAAUCCUCGGAACUGACGUUUCAUUCGAGGAAUACUGCAAUUUUCGCAGCAACUCAUACCUGGAGAUGUUAAAGGAGCGAUUUGAUUCGUGUGGACAUACAUGGGCAUGUACGAGCAUGGGGCGAACGAGCGUGUCUACGAUCGAUAUCGAAAAUAUCAAAACCAUCCUUGUGACCGAUUCCCAAUUAUAUGGGCUGGGGAGAACGAGAAGCUCGGUCUUGGGGACAACACUCGACCACGGCAUAUUCACUUCGGAGGGAAACGAGUGGAAGUUCUUGCGACGUAUGAGUAAGCCUGGGUUCUCAGCGUCCCAUGUCAGUCUCGAACCUCACAUCCAAAGCCUGGUGUCUCAAAUUCCCAGUGAUGGCUCACCCGUUGACCUACAACCGCUUUUUCAUGACUUGACUCUGUACAACGCCACCUCGAUCUUCUGGGGUCAAGAUGCGGUCAAAAUGCUGGAUGCUCAGCAGCAAUCACUCUCCCGGCGAAUCAAUGCCGCCAUCUGUAAGGCGUUCGAGCACACUCAGGAAGUGAUGGUUUUCGGUCCUAUGGCAAAGUUGCUUCAGUCCUCGUCAACAGAGAAAGCUAUCAAGCUCGUCUACGACUUCAUAUUUGAUAAUUCGAAUGCUGCGUUCACAUUGAAAAACCAUCCUGCGACGCAGCACAUCGCUCACGAUAAGACGGUAUCAGGGCUAUUCUAUGAUCAGUUUGGCGCCCAUGGCUUCGAUACGGCCCAUAUCCAAAUAAGACAGAUGUUCAUGGCGGCAGAAGGCACUACGGCCGAAACAUUAACGCAUCUUUUCCUUCUUCUAUCUCGCCAUCCACGCGUACUUGACAACCUACGCGCCGAAAUCACGUCCCAGCUCCCGAAUGGCACUAUACCAACAGCUUCUCACCUCAAUAGUAAAUUGGAAUACAUGAAUGCUUGCGUGAAAGAGGUUUUGCGACUCUACCCGACGGUACCUUUCAACAAUCGCGUCGCUCUUCAGGAUACCGUCCUCCCUAGGGGCGGAGGCCCGGAUGGCUUAUCCCCCAUAGUCGUUCCAGCUGGCUCGGAAAUAUCCCUUCCGCAUUAUCCCCUUUAUCGACGAAAGGAUAUCUUCGGAGACGAUGCUGAAGAAUUUGUGCCGGAGAGAUGGUUGUCUUCCGACGAUGAUAAAUCCUCUGAGAGCUGGUCCAAACAGUCUGAAAAUUACCUCCCUUUCAGUAUUGGGAAACGCGCAUGCCCUGGGCGACAAAUUGCACUUGAAACGGUGCGAUAUGCCACAGUGCGGUUGAUUCAGCAUUUUCCAUACAUCUGCGAUGCUUCUGGAGGACGACCAUGGCAAGAAAAUUGCGGUGCCACAUUACAGAGCAAGCAUGGUGCUGUUGUGUCGAUGAAGGGCAAGAUGGAAUUCGAUAAAUCUAUAGACUCGGGAUAUGGCUCUGACAAUGUUUCGUAA